UGCUCACAGCCGCUCUUAGCGGCUGCCCGGGGCUCACCGCGCCGCCGCCGGGCGCUGACUCAGCCGCAGUCGGGCUGCUCCGCCGAGCAGGACCUGGAGAGUGCGUGCCCAGAGCCGCCGGGGAAGCACCGCAGCGCUUGAACCGCGGGCUUCCGGAGCUGGAGCUGGGGGCUGGCCCGUUUGGGUCCCCGAGGGAGCGCAUGGGACUCGCCUGGUCAGCCACCUACAGCUCUGCUCUCUGUGAAGCCAUACUGACUCAUUGGCUCAAGCUGUGAUGUUCAGCUGUCCAUCUUGCCUCCUGGAAGAGCUCAACCCAGGGUCUUCCUGAAGUGGUGACCACUCCAGCUGGCAGGGGUAGAAAAUGGUACCAGUCAGGCCAGAGCCCUGGGAGGCCACAGUCACUGCUGCAGGAUGGAGGAACCCACGCCCGAGCCAGUCUAUGUGGAUGUGGACAAGGGGCUGACCUUGGCUUGCUUCGUUUUCCUCUGCCUCUUCCUUGUAGUCAUGAUCAUCCGCUGUGCCAAGGUCAUUAUGGACCCCUACAGUGCCAUUCCCACAUCCACCUGGGAGGAGCAGCACCUGGAUGACUGAGGCAUAGGACAAGUCACAGUGUCCCAGGAUGCACCUCUGCAUACCCUAGCCAACAUCCUCCAAGCACUUGGAGGCUGGCAGUGGUUAUGACCACCCAAAGAUGGAGAAGGCUCACCUUCACCUUAUUGGCUCUCACAUGACCACCAGAGGGAAAUGCCAGCAUGCUAGAGGCAAGGCAAUUUGGGGAAGCCUGGGGAGAAGAGUGCUAAGCCAUGACUCAGGCAAGUGGGGUCCAUCCUGGGACUCCACUGGGAGACUGCAAGGUGAUGGUUCCCUGUCUAGGCUCCUGUGCACCUUUGGAAAAUGAACAAAGAACAGACACUCUGAUCUGCAAACAAUGGUCAGGAGGAGACUGCCCUUCAAAUGCACAGCACAGAGAAGCUGUUGAGAGCCCAGGACCCUUACCUACAGCCUAACAGUGGAGGGGCAGGAAGAAUAGAAAAUUCAGGGGGCUUCUGUAAAUUCUCACAAGGCACACAGCUACUUCCAAAUGGGGUUUGUUUUGUUUUUUUUUUUUUAACUAAAAUAUAGAGGGAUAUAUUUUUCCUGUUAAAAAUGAGAUGUGCAUUUUAGACACCUGGGAAAAUAUAGAAGAAAUAUAGAUAUAAUAAGAGAAAACUAUAAAUAGAAGAAAGGGAAGUGGAAAGCACUUACAGUCUGACUUCCCAGAAGCCAUCAUUUUGAUAUAUUUCUUCAAGUCUUUUUUACAAGAAAUUUUUUAGUAAUUCACACUGUAUGCAUGAUGCUGCAUUGAUUCAUGUGUUAGCUCAGACAUCUUCUGCCUCUCAAAAUACUGUGGCUGUUUUUUUGUGACUGAGAGUAUGCUCUGCAGGUCAUGACUGAAUAUAGUCCUUUUCUUUCUCUAUUUAACUUUUCCACAAUGUUCUCACACAAAUUACUUCACCCAGGAACCUUCAGAAGCCCUGCACUCCAGGAGCUCCAGGCAAGAUCUGGGUUCUAGUCCUGCUACAGCUACUCAAAGGCUGUAUGAUCUUGAGAAAGUCACAGCACUUCUUGUGCCUCAGUUUCCUCACUGUAAGAUGGAAAGGGGAUGUCUGUCUGUCUAUCUGUCAGUGAAAGCAGCCAAGCUACAGUGGGAGCUAAGACUAGGUUGCUGGUGAUCUCUCUUCUCUGUCUUCCUUUCCUCCUCUUCUCCCACACACUGUCACCUACAUCCAUGACCGUGCUAUAAGGAUUCUAGGUCAGAGCCUGCACCCCCCCGCACCCCCCACACCAGCAGCCUCAACUCCUGUGUUCUUGUUCUAUGACCCCUAAAUAAAUCAACACCUGUCAGCUCCAA